AUGAACGAUUAUAUUUUAAAUUUUGGAGAAAUCAAUCAAAAAUUUGUUGAAUGGUUUUGUAGCAAUGGAGGAAAGAUAUCACCAAAAAUUGCUUUCAAAGACUAUUCUUCAGAAAAUUCAGGUCGAGGAGUUGUUGCAGUUGACGAUAUACAGCCAUUUGAAGUGUUGUUCAGUAUUCCACAUUCUAUAAUUCUCUCUGAAAAAACGUCAUCGUUAAAAGAUUUAAUACCAAGUGAUGAAUUUGAAAAGCUUGGUAAAAUAAAUUCAUGGUUUCCACUCAUAUUGUGUAUGAUGUACGAAAGUCAAAAGGAAGAUUCUUUAUGGAAACCUUAUUUUGAUAUUUUACCUCGAGAAUUUGAUACACCAAUGUUUUGGAAUGAAGAACAACUUGCAGAAUUAGAAGGAACAAGCGUCAUUGAUAAAAUUGGAAGAGUUGAGGCGGAAAUCCAAUUUAAUGAACACUUAUUACCAAUAAUUCAGUCAAUCCCCUCAAUUUUCGAUUCGAAUAAACACAAUUUGGAAUUGUUCCAUUGCAUGGGAUCUCUUGUAAUGGCAAAUGCAUUCCAAAAUAAAAUUAAAAAAGAUGAUGCAGAAAAUAAUGAUGAGGUGGAUGAAGAUGAAGAAAUUACAAUGAUGCCAAUGGCUGAUAUGUUAAAUCAUAAAACCGGGUUUAAUAAUUAUAAUACUUAUGGGGAAUUGUGUUCUGCAGAUUUAUUACGCAAGUAUGGAUUUGUUGAUGAGAAUAAUAUACAUGAUAUAGUGGAAUUAAAUGGACAAUUUGUGGUUGACACACUAUCUAUCGACGAGGAUACAAAGGACAAAAAGGCAUUUAAACUUAAUAUCGAGAUGCUGCUGGAAGAAGAUAUUCUUAAUGAUAUACUUAUUUUGGAUACUACAAAGGAAAUACCACCUGAGCUAAUCAUAAUAGCCAAAAUCAUGACAAUGGAUAAGGCCCAAUUUAAGAAGUUUCGAAAAACGAAUAAUUUUCCUGAACCUAAAAUGAACCUUGAUAUCAAAACACGAUUAAUUCAGCUAUUUGAAAAACGAUUAUCAAUGUACAAAACCUCAAUUAAGGAUGAUGAUGAAAUUUUGAAAUCAAAUAAUAUUUCGUUGAAAUUAAAAUAUACUAUUAUUAUGAGAUUAAGUGAAAAACGAAUAUUACAUGGUUUAUUAGAUAAUCUUAAUAAUUGGAACGAUGAUGAAAAUAAAGAAGAAAUUCAGAGAAAAAAAAGAAAAAUAAAAUAA